CUGUAACCCGAACCCCUUCUCUCCUCUUCUCUUCUCCCUCUUCCUUCUGCUCCCUUCUUCCUUGUAUUGUUCUGGUUCUGUUUCUGUUAUUUUUCUCUCUCUAUUGUUAAACCACUAAUUUUCCUAUUUGGGUUUCUUGAUUUUUCUUUUUUGGAAUUUUUUGGGUUUUUUCAUGAGUUAUUGCUUAUUACAAAUUCAAUUACAAAAUUUUGCGAGUUCUUGUUUUUUUUUUUUUGAAUAGCAGAAAAAGAGAAACCUUUCUGUUUUGGGCUUCUGAUUGCGGCUUUGGGUUUUGAUUGUAACGCUUUGUUUGGUGCAUAUUCAUUAAAGAAGAUAAUAAAAAUCAAGUCUUUUUUAGCCAUGGGUUUUUCUAAGUCAGAUCAAAGAUUUCCUUCUCUUUUCCAUGCUCUGUUUCAUUGCCCAAAAAAUACUGUCUAGUUCACUGAAACACUCGUAUCUGUUUUCUUUUCCCUGUUUCUGUUUUCAAGAAAACAAGAGACAAACAUGGGAGAAGAAAAUCAAAACAGAAGCAGAAAUAGAAGCAGCAGUAGCAGUAGUAGCAAAGCAAUGGAGAGCCUCUCUUUGGAAAUAAACAAAUACCCAAGAGAUCUGUUGCAGAGAUUUAUGUCAAGUGACACGCAGCAGCAAUACAAAACGUCACCAACUCAGGGACAAGAUACAGAAGAGAUUGAGCUGAAUCUGGGGCUAUCACUAGGAGGCAGAUUUGGUGUUGACAAGACCUCCAAGAAACUAACACGAUCAUCUUCCAUAGCAGGCUCAAUACCACUAGUGAGAGAGGAUGAUGCAUUUAAUAUACCGCCUGUUUCAUAUCCUGUCCUUAUGAGGACAUCUUCUUUGCCUACAGAGACAGAGGAGGAAUGGAGGAAGAGAAAGGAAAUGCAGAGUUUGAGGAGAAUGGAAGCCAAGAGAAGACGAAGCGAAAAGCAAAAGAACUUGAAUGCCAAUUUCAGAGGAGACUUGAAUUUGGAGGAGGAGAGAAGGGGAUUAAAUGCGAAUAGAGGAAAUUGGACACCCUCAUGGACUCGGCUGGGUGCUGCCGGAGCGAUAAACCUGAAUAGAGGUAGUGCUUUUCAGGGAUUGGUAGGGCAGCAUCAGGGUUCACAAGGCUCUGUGGAGUCUCAAGGAGGAAGCUCUUCUGGGAUGUCGGAAAUGGAGAGCAAGCCUGUUCAAGGAUCAAGCAGUGGUGGUGAAGCAAGAAGCCCCAUGAGUAAUCAAUCCUUGCAAGACAGAAGCAAUCAAGAAACACUUGGUUCUUCAGGUACCAAAACAAGCGAAAACAUGUGCAGAAGUUCCAGACAAGAAAUGGAAAAUAAUCCAUCCAAGAAACUUGAUUCUGCAGAAAGUAGAGGGAAGGAAAUCGGAACGAAUGCAAUGGAAGACAUGCCCUGCGUGUUCACAGUAGGAGAUGGCCCUAACGGAAGAAGAGUAGAAGGGAUACUUUACAAGUAUGGUAAGGGUGAGGAAGUAAGAAUAAUGUGUGUAUGCCAUGGGAGCUUUCUCUCUCCUGCAGAGUUUGUGAAGCAUGCAGGUGGAGGAGAUGUUGAUCAUCCUCUUAGGCACAUAGUCGUAAAUACUUCUGGCAGUUCCCUUUUUUAACUGAGGUGUAUUCAUGUCAACCCCCUCCAAGAAAUGCGGGGAUGUGAAAUAGGAAAACGAGCAAUGAGAAUUUUUAGAGGAUAGAUUUUUAUUUUAUUUAUUUGUUCUUUUUUUUUUUUCUUUUUAAGUUCAUGAAAAGGGAACUUUAUAUAAUUUAGUGUUUUCUUUUUUUUCCAAUGUUUUAGAAGAGAGAUUCUCAGUUGGAACUCGUUGAGGUUGUCUGUAAAAAUUUCGUUUCAGAAAAAGAUGCCAAGUCUCUAUUCUGCA